AGAUGAAGAAACAGCAACCCGGACUGGAGAAUUAACCCACACAGGAUCAUUCCGUGAAGAAGCAAGAACGAGAACUCAGACCUGGACGCUCCUAGGCAGGACAGACUUUCUGCAGCUUAACAGAGCCAACCAUGGAUUUCAGGCGUGUGAAGGACUAUUUGUCCUGGCUCUACUAUCAAUACCAAAUCAUUAGCUGCUGUGCAGUCUUGGAACCCUGGGAGCAAUCCAUGUUCAAUACCAUCUUACUAACGAUUUUUGCUAUGGUGGUGUACACCGCCUAUGUUUUUAUCCCAAUCCACAUUCGUCUGGCUUGGGAAUUUUUCUCUAAAAUAUGUGGUUAUCACAGUACAAUUUCUAAUUGAGCUUGUUUGCAUUCUGUGAAUUGGCAUUACCUAUGUAUAUGUUCCUUACAACUUAUUUAGGUGAAUGCUGUGUCUUCUUUGACUACCUGAACUGAAAAGCUCUCUCUUCUAUGCAUUCUUAUAUCCUGCCUGAAAUUUGAGAUAAAUGUCUCUUUAGGUUCUUUUGUACAUGUUACAUAGCAGACCAUACAUAGGUAAUACAGUGACCUUACCUCAUAUAUCAUAUUCUCUCAACUUCAAUCUGUAACUUUAGAUAUUUUUUCUUAAUCAGGGAAUUUCAUAUAAAACUUUUCUGGGAAGUAGACUCAUAAGAGACCUACCAGAACCAUAUUUAAAAUGCUCCCUUGAUGCCUAUUCUAUAUUAAAGGAUAUAUUUUUUAAAAUUUGUUUAUAGGCUACUGUCACAAGUAUCCUAUCCUUAUUUACAAUAUAUAAAAAGGUGUGCAUAAAUUAUAUGAGCCCCCCAAAGUCUUAUUUUCUAGUAAACUGCUGAUACCUAAAAUCCUUUUACUUCAAGUGCAAAAGAAUAAUUCGGAGGCAAUUAUUUCCUUUCAGACAUGGUUCAUGAAUUGCUUCAAAUGCCUCUGAAAGUCUGGCUUUACAGCAGUUUAAAAUCAACAAUGUUGAUUUUAGAUAACCAAGUAAGUAUUAAAAUACAAAACAAUUUUAAGUGUAAGAAAUAAACUAUAAUCAAAGUAAAUUCAGAUAUUGUGACUUGUAAUGCUGCCUUGCCUUGCAUGCUGCAGAGAGAGGGAAAGAGAAAAGGAAUUACUGUCUUUCUGUGCUUUCACUCAGUGGAAGGCAGAAGGGGGGCAUGGGAGAGAGAGCAUAUAUUGGGCCACAGGAAGUAAACCUAAUAAAUAGGCUGGAAGUAAUAUUCUACCAGCAGCAACUCGACAGCUCCAGUUAAAUGCUUUGAUAUAGCGGCUUCUUUGCAGAGCAAAACCAAGAUUUAUUAAAUUUCCUUCAAAGUAUUUAUCUUAAAAACAAAUACAAGUUUUUAAUUAUACUGUUGAAUCAAAUGUGAAUGCCAAAGACCAAACCUUGCAACUUUUCUUUCCUCUCAAUAAAUAUUAAUGUUAUUAAUUCAGGAGGGUAAAUGUAAAUAAUUUUUUGACAAUAUUUGCACCCAUGUUUGUAUUAUGGAAAAAACAAUUUCCAAGAUGGGCUAGAGAAAAAGAGGGUUGGCAUGCCAAAUGAACUUGCAUGUUUUUAAAAAAAACAAAAACUGUUUUGAAGAUAAAUCAUAUCUGAACAUGUACUUGGUGAUUUUUGCAAAAUUAAAGUAUGUAUAAUUUUAU